AUGGAGCUAUUCAGAGCAUACAGUGACGAGUCUCAAGGACGCAACGGCAAAGACGUGUUCGCGUCAGGCGCAGCGGUGAGCUCUGGGAACAUCACCGCAUACAAUCCACCCUUACCAAGUUCGAUCGACGUUGGCCAAGAGCUCGUAGAUGCUCUCAAGUGGAAGAAGCACAUGCCGAGCAUCUUCGUAUUCUUCUCAACCUCGCUCCUCUUCGCCACACAGGUCGCCCGUUUCCGGAAGCAGAAAGGAGAGACCAAUGUUGAGAUUGCCUGCGUGAACACAGCUACCGCACGCACACCGGACGGAAACCCAGCGAAGUUUUGGUCAGUCUCUUCACUCGUCAAGAAGUAUGGCAUCACACUGUCGAACAAGGACGGAUCACUCCGAGACUACGCAGAUAUCUUUGUAGCUAUGGACUGCAUCGUUCCCGGAAAAGACGCUCUAAUAGCCAGCUUCGAUGAGAUGGAGCAAGCGGGACUUUACCGCGUGUAUCCAGCUAUGGCCAGUGGAUAUCACAGCCAUAGACCUCGUCUGGCCUUGACGACACAGGACCUUCGCGAGUUCCAUUUUCAGGAAGAGAAGAGCUUGACGACAGGACACAUCAAUAUCGCGGCGCGGGUGGCGGCAGUCUUCAAAGCAGAUCUAUCUCCAAGAGAAGAACAAGUGCCAUGCAGCGUGUUUGUGCAUGUGCUGGCUCUGCGUAAGAGGCACGCAAGGGACGUCGUCUUAACAAGUUGGCUGCAGAGCUGCUCUACUGAAGUGGUCGAUCUUGAAGUCGGCAAUGAUGAGCUGCCGGUGGCUGACUUCUUGCGCAACCUACCGGAGCUCGAGCAAUAUCGGGAGCUGAAGUCAGUCGUUGGCAACAGGCACAUCGAUGCAGGAGCACUCAACUACCGCAUUGAGGUUGGUGGCCUGGUGGUCAGCGAUGUGGCUCAAAAGCAGGAAAUGGCGGAGUGGCAGGCGUGGAGGGGAGAGCACAUACAAGAGAUGCGUAACGCCAGAGAACAACGACCGGAUUAUGUGCCAAAAGUCACCAGCCGCAAAAGAAGCCGCAGCAAGCGAAGUGAUUCCACAGGCUUUGACGAGGCUGAGCAGCAGGAAUACAAGCGUGUGAAGCGGGAGUGGCUUCCAAGGGACGAGUACCGAGCGGUUCGGGAUGCCUCGAGAGGACGCGGCGAGCGUAGCGACUCCACGAGCUUCGAUAAGACCGGGCCUUCGAAACGGAAGUGGCUUCCGAGGGAUGAGUGUCGAGCACAGCGAGAUGCAUCGAGAGCCUCAAGGACCGACGUGCGGCAGUUACCAUUCAUGGGCAAGCACAACCACAAGAAAGGCUUCGAGAUGCCAGGGUUCGAGACCAGGCUGUUCGAUGGACACGUCCAGCAGAAUCGCAGCAAUCGCGGACAGAAGAGUCAUAGGGAGAAGAAGACACGGUGGUGGUGA